UCAUCUUUCCCUUCCUCACUUCCUUGCCCAUCUCACCUGACGUGAAGACCCAAAGGGCUACGCGCCGUCCUGCUCCUCUUUGCUACCCCGGGCUUCUACAUCGCCACAACCGCUGCCUUCUGUCGGCGUGCUUCUCGAUCACGCGGCCGAUCUGUUCUGUGAGAGAGUAAGAGUUUGAUUUGAUCUCGGGUCGACUGCUGUGAAGAUUCAAGGUAUUUCUCCUAAAGGACAGCACUAAAAUAAAGAAGCAUGUCGUGCUUUGCUUGCUGCGGAGAACAAGAUAUUUACAGUGCACCUGAUAAGGGGGGUGCUUUUCCUGCAAAUCAGGCUGCAGGCUAUGAUGGAUCUAAUCGAGCAUCUGAUCCUGCCCCGAAGGGUGUUCAAACUGUGAAAGUGCAACCUAUUGAAGUGCCUAUAAUUCCUGUAGAAGAAAUAAAAGAAGUAACUGAUAAUUUUGGGAACAAUGCUUUGAUUGGAGAGGGUUCGUACGGUAGAGUGUAUUAUGGUCUCUUAAAAAAUGGUAAAGCUGCAGCCUUAAAGAAAUUAGAUUCUAGUAAACAGCCAGAUCAAGAAUUUCUGGCCCAGGUAUCAAUGGUGUCAAGGUUAAAGAAUGAAAAUGUUAUUGAGCUGCUUGGCUAUUAUGUUGAUGGUGGUCUCCGUGUCCUUGCAUAUGAGUUUGCAACAAUGGGAUCUCUUCAUGAUAUUCUUCAUGGGCGCAAGGGACUCAAAGGUGCACAACCAGGCCCAGUUCUCUCUUGGACUCAAAGAGUUAAAAUUGCUGUAGGAGCAGCAAGGGGACUGGAAUACCUCCACGAGAAAGCACAACCCCGUAUUAUUCAUCGAGAUAUCAAGUCUAGCAAUAUACUACUUUUUGACGAAGACGUGGCAAAAAUUGCUGAUUUCGAUCUUUCCAAUCAAUCCCCGGACAUGGCAGCUCGUCUUCACUCGACCAGGGUACUUGGAACCUUUGGAUAUCAUGCCCCUGAGUAUGCAAUGACUGGGCAGCUUAGUGCCAAGAGUGAUGUUUAUAGCUUUGGAGUUGUUCUUUUAGAACUAUUGACCGGCCGCAAACCCGUCGAUCAUACAUUACCGCGGGGCCAACAAAGUCUCGUCACAUGGGCGGCACCAAGGCUGAGUGAAGAUAAGGUUAAGCAGUGUGUUGAUACGAGAUUAGGAACAGACUAUCCUCCCAAGUCUGUCGCCAAGUUUGCUGCUGUAGCUGCCUUGUGCGUACAGUAUGAAGCCGAUUUCCGGCCAAACAUGAGCAUUGUUGUGAAAGCGCUGCAGCCUCUACUAAACGCGAGGUCAGGCGGACCAGCUGUUGAAUCUUAAUGAUUUUGUUUGUGAUUUCUCCUAUUGGUUUUUCCUGAACCUGUCAUGCAAUUUGUUUGUUAGUGAUUUUAGUGUCGUGCAGUAAUAUAUAUAUAUAUGUUGUAGUGGUUUGAAAAUUAUUUGGAACGAAGAUGUGUUGUA